AUAGGCAUGUUAGUUACACUUACAAAAGUCAGUUUCGCUACACAGAAUUGCGGCACAGUAUUUUGUGAAGCUUUCAAAGCCGUGCUAUAGAACUGUUCUUCUAUCUGGUAGCUGGCUAAUGGAAUGGCUGUAGGAAGUAAAGCUUGAGUUUCAAUGUGGAAGUGCAAAUUAAACCAUCAACAAAAUCAAUGUGAUCUGCACCCCAAAAAUUUUAAAAUUAACAUGCAGUUUUCUCCAACCCUUAUGAGUCCAAUACUACAAGUGAAGCAAUAAAAUCACCAAGUACAGCGUAUAAACCACAGUUAGAAAUACUCCGACCCUCAAUGUAUAUGGGAAGACGUCAGAUCCAUCACUAUAAAAGAAAGACCUUUUGCCCUGCAAACAACACCACCACAGUAGCUGAGGAGCUAAUAAGCUUCUUUGCUUGAUUUGACAGGGACAACAACAAACCAUUGAUAAAGGCCUUGGCACCUGAGGAGGACAGAGCGCUGACACUGAGCACACACUAAGUGAGGCAUACUCUCCACACGCAGAGCAGCUGGACCAGACUGCGUACUUGGGCGGGUCCUCAGAUUACAAAUACCAGCUAGCAGAGUUUUUUUUAAACUGAAAUCUAUAAUCUCUCUCUGUCCUGUGCUGUGGUCCUUGCAUGCUUGAAACUAUCAACCAUCAUACCAAUCCCAAAGAAGUCAGCGCUAACAUACCUCAACAACUACUGACUGGCUGCACUCAACCCCAUGGCUGCCAAGUUCCUGAAGAGAAUGGUUAUAUCCCAUAGUAAGAUUGCCACACCUGCUACUUUGGACUUGCACCAGUUUGCCUACAAGGCAAACAGAACAACCAAGGACUGCAUCUCCAUUGCUCUCCGCAUCGUAUUGGAACACCUGAAGCGCAAAGAUACCUAUAUCCAAAUGCUUUAUAUUGACUACAGUUCUGCCUUCAACACAAACUACACCAUUUGGGACUCAAUACAUCAAUUUGUAACUGGGUUAUGUACUGUUUAAAAAAAAACAAUUGCAUCCAGACAGUCAGACUUGGCAAGUAUGCAUCAACCUCCCUGACCCUGAACACUAGGGAUGUGCAGAGCCCACUCCUUUACACGCUAUUCACCCAUGCCUAUGUCACCAACUCCAUCAUCAGUGAUUGGAUUAAUUACAAAUAACAAAGAAACAGAUGCAGAAACCAUCUGAAUGGUGCAAUAACUAUAAUCUUUCACUCAAGUCAAGUCACUUUUUAUUGUCAUUUCGACCAUAAUUGCUGGUACAGUGCAUAGUAAAAAUGAGACAACGUUUUUCAGGACCAUGGUGUUACAUGAAACAGUACAAAAACUACACUGAACGAUGUAAAAACAACACAGAAAAAAAAACUACACUAGACUACUGAACAACCUAGGACUGCAUAAAGAGCAGAAAACAGUGCAGGCAUUACAAUAAAUAAUAAACAAGACAAUAGGCACAGUAGAGGGCAGUAAGUUGGUGUCAGUCCAGGCUCUGGGUAUUGAGGAGUCUGAUGACACAGCUACCAGAUAUGGAAACCAACUACAACUUGCGGGUCUACAGGGGGCUCGCAAAAUCAUGAUGGACUCAUCCCACAUGUUCAAUCUCCUACCAUCCAGAGACAGAACCAUCUCUGCACAGACUUUUAGAAUUAAAAAGACCUCUUCCUCUCAGGGCUGUUGUGCAACUGAACAAUGCCCCAUUUUAGAGAUGUUUGCUUUUAAUUCAGCUGUAACUUAAAUGUCACUCUAGAAAACUCAGGCAUUAUUUUAAAUUUAGUUAUUGUGCUUUUACUAAAUGAAUUGCCAGUAUGCUGCUUUGCACUGAGUGGAGGAGCACUGCAAUUUCAUUGUCCUCAGCAAUGACAACAAAGCUCUAACAAUCCCAUUUGUUUCAAAGAGGAAAAGCAUAACAAGUUACAACACAGGUAAUUAUCUACUUAAAAAGAUUUGUAACACAUCCAACUCAAAAGAAACAUCUGUAUUCCAUUUUAAAAAUCAUUUCACAGAGCUUUUUUUUUAAAAUGUUGAUCAGCAGUAAUGCCACUGUUCAAUUGAUUAACUUGUCCCUAUAACUUAUCUAAAAAAAACUAUUUAGGUACAAAGGUUCUUUAAACCAAAGUCCAUGCUUUCCUUUACUGAAAAAAUUUUAAUUCUGGAGUGUCUACGCAGGACAGAAUUGAAUGAAACCUCGCUUUACUUGUUUCAAUAUGGAAGUAGUCAUGGCGACAAAGAUCCAGCAAAGGCAGGCAGUGAACCCUGCCCAGUGGCUGGGGUCGUGGAUGCCUUCCAGAUCAACCGAACAGGAUUUUGGAAGCGGUGAUCAGAAUAGCACACAGUUUUAUGAGACUCAGUUAAAAUUCAAUAAAGAUGUAAUAACUGCUGUAUCCAACUUGGCUGUGAAAUUCACGAACCCUCGCCCCAUUAUAAUUGAGAAGCUACAGCAACCUUGUCAGCAGCAGGUACAGGAUGAUGUCCAAAGUGUGCAGAAUUCGAUGCAAUUCUCUGCUGUAUCUGAAGACAGAUUAAAUGUGGCCAUCCAACUGGCAAAGAGGGAUCUGAGGAAAAAGCAUCUAGAAGAACAAGUGAAAGAUUAUUUGUAUAAACAUGGAAAAGAUGAGCUGCGAUCUUCAUUAUGUCCUAAUCACGAGAAAGGGAAAUCUGCUGAUAGUACUUCACGAUUGAAGAAUAAAGUCGAAAAUGGAAAUAUUACAAAACCAAGGCACCAGAGAAACCAGGCUGCAAAAGAGGAAUUUACAAGAUCUAGUGCCAGGGUGUAUAUUUGCACCUCUAACCAAAGCCAAGAUAGACCUGCACUCUCUGAUUCACCACCUACACAUGACCCAGGCCCACGGAUGAAUCGGCAUAACCUGGACAAUAAAAGUGCAGAAGAGAUUCAUAGACUGAGAAUGCAGCUCAGCAAGUACUUUCAGAAAAUUGAAGACCUUACCAAAAGAGAAAAAUCAGUGGAUGUCCUGGAUCCUGACGAAGAGCGCAGAAUACAAGUAAAAAGACAGGAACAAGCCACUCGUGCAGCAAGGAUGCUGUAUGUUCUGCAGCAGCAAGUAAACGAAAUACAGGAAGCAAUUGACAAACAAGGAGCACAUAAGGUGAAACACACCAAAAAAUCUCGAGCCAUGUCUCAGUUAGCAGCUGCACACAGAGGUGCUGUCCGUGCCUUACAGAUGUUUGUUGGUCAGCUUUCUGGGCAAUCAGAACUUCAGAUUCCAACCUACUACAAGGAGCUAGGGCAUGUGAUUCGACAACUUUCUCUAUGUUCUGCCAGACUGGAAAACAAUACUGAUUCUUCCAUACCAGAAGCAGUUACAGAUAUUCUGCAUCAAGUUGAGGGUUUUGAUUCACUGCUUGGGAAACAUCAUGCUCAAACAAAAUCAAAUCAAAUGCCACAGAAUGCCCACAGUGUUUCUGCGCCAAAGAGAAAAAGAUGCUCAGAUAGGCACAGAAGCCACUCUGCUGAAAGAGAGCGAACUUCACCAAUCACAAAGAAUAAUAUUUUAAGUGCACCCAAAGGAUUGCCUCCACUUAAGAUUGAUGAAAAUUGGCAUGUUCCUGAAUCUUCCAGACCACAGCAAAGCAGUAGAGAGUCCCUAACACCCUAUUUGGAACCACAGCAAGAAGAUGACCCUCCAACCCCUGAUAGGAAUGCUGCAUUGAAGGAUGGAUUAGAAGCUUUACAGCACAUGGGAACCUUGCAUAAAUUUUUUGCAGAGAAAACAAGAACUAAGAAAGGAGUGCUGCUGCCAUAUCAGCAUAAACAGAAGAAAAUGCUUGCAAUGCAUGCCUGCUUUCAGAAAGCUACAGUGUCUUCAGAACUGAAGAAGAAUCAAGGACCACUUAAAGACAGCAAACAUCCUUCAAUUCCACAAUGUCCCAACCCUAUUCCAAUGUCAUCUAAACGAAUUCCACUGAAGAAACAGAAAACGAGAUUGGGAGGCUGGAUAUCAACACCUGCAGACAGGAAUCAAUCUAGUUUGCUUAAAGAAGUGGAGCAAGAAAAGCAAAAAGUUGCAGGAACUGAAGCAAUCAGACUGGCAUGGCUUGACUCAGAAGCUGCCCGCAGGAUGAGGGAACUGAAUGAACUCUCCCAACAAGAAACUGACAGAAUAAAGAAAAUCAGAUCUGAACUUGCAGCCCCUGAAAACUGGAUUGAGAAAGCAGAGGAGGAAAUACGUGAGAAGCUUCAGCCCUUGCUGGACAAAGCACAGGUCAUCAGUGACUCUUGGGAGAAGAAAACUCGGCAUAAAGAGUCUUCACUACAACAACAACUAUCAUCAAAAGUUGCUGAUAGGGCUGCAGCCAGUGCAGACUUUCUCAGUGAAAAGAUAUUAGAUGAGCUGCUGGAGGACACAGCACAAGAAUUACUGAGUAUGGAGUUAAACGCAAAAGUUCAUUCCGAAACUUUGGUGAUGCAAGAUGGUCCUACACUAGAGAACCUGCUACAAAGGAUGGAAGAGAUGGAAAGAUACCAGGAGUCAGUUCGUAGAAGAAUGUGUCAAAUUGAAUAUGCCGAUCCUGUUUUCUGGGCAGAGGAAGAAAAGCAAGAAAGAGAGUUUGUCCAGAUUGACACACAACCGCAUACUCCACAGCCAAUUAGGAUAAGCAGAGCGUUCAAGCAAAGUGAACCCAUGUUGGAUGAAAUAAAUCCAAGGUCUAUAGAAGCAGAAACACUUGAUGACUUAGAAUGCGGUGGAAGGCCUGAACCUGCUUCAUUGUUGGAACCUUUGGUGCAGAAACCGUCCAAGGAGAAAGGAAGUGGUACUGUUCUUAGCAUUCCACAAAAAAUGAUUCAGAAUAUCCUCAACUACUGUGAAAGAUUCAAUCUGUAUCUAAAAAUGAUUUCGCAUGAAGCUGUGGGAAAUUUUAACCCAUGGUUAAUUGCUAAAAGCUUGGCUGAAGAAUUAAUGGAAGAAGGUAUAAGUGAUGUUGCUGCUGAAUUCCAGGAUGCGUGUGAGGAGUAUGCUGAAGCCUUGUUCACUGCUGAAUUUAUGCAGCCCGUGGAGCAGGAAAGCAAAACUAAGCAAUCGCUGGCAUCCCUACAGGAGGGAUGUACUGUGUAAAUACUUUAAAGAAAACUGUAAGCUCUUACCUGAAAAUAUUUGUAACGCGCAUAACACAUGGAAUGUGCAUCACAGAUUUGCUUGUUGAUCUGAUUGACAAUUAUAUUUUUAAUGUACAUUUAAAAUUUUUAAUCUAGACUUUGUCAUAAAUUUAAAUGAUUAAAAGCUGGUGUAUUAAUUUCACUUCUUAUGCUUAAGGUUACAAAGUAAAUUUUCAAUGUAAUGUAGAACUUGACCACCUUGAUUUUUACAAGUUGGUGGCUGGUCAAUUGCAUAUUUAAACUGGUACAGCUGAAUUUCUAGGAUUGAUUAGAAACUAUUUUUACUCAGAUGCUUUGACUGUUUAAAAACCUGUUACCUUUACUUCUGAGCAAUGCCCUGACUUGAAAGCAAUUCCUAUGCAAAGCACAAGAAACACAUACAGUCAAACAUUUUAAAUUUUAAUUGUUUUCACCCUUAUAGAGAUUAAUGUUCUAAAAGCAAUGUGUAAAACUAAACAUGCUCUUUGGGAAUUACUGAAUUAUGUUGUAUAUGACAAUGUAGUAUCUUGUUAGCAGCAUAUUAAUAUUCACAUGACAGAAAUAUUUAGAUCUAACCAAGAUUUUAGAAUUUCUUUUCCUUUUCUUUGUAUAUCUGGGCAUAGUUCUAAUAGUUCCCUGCUGGAAUUGUUGAUCAUAAUGGCUUUCCAUCAGAACUGUUGAAAUUUUAUCCCCAAGGCUUUGUGGACAAAUGGGUCUGGCUGCAACAGAGAAAACAAUUACUUUACUUAUUUCCUUGUUAAAUGGGUAUCAGUUUUUGGAAUUAAGUGACAACAUACUAUAAUGAAUGGAUUGUAGUAAGAUGAGGUCAAAUUUACUGAAGUGUCAUACUUAUCCGAGUAAUUGUACAGCAUAGAAACAGGCCCUGUGUACACUGUGUCUAUAUUAAUGUGCAUUAUUUCCAAAUCCAUCUAUGCCUUGCUCAUUCAAGUACCUGUCUAUAUCCCUCAACGUUAUCACUGUUUCUACCUCCACCAUCUCCUUUUUCAGCUUGUUCCAGGUGCCAACUACUUAAUGAAAAAAUUUACCCCCUACUGCCCCUUUAAACUUCCCCUCGCUCUCACCUUAAACCUAUGUCUUCUCAUUUUAGUCAACUUUACCACUGGCUAUCUACCCUGUCUAACCCCUCAUAAUUUUGUAUACAGUACUUCUAUCAUGUCACCCCUCAGACUCCUUUGCUCCAGAGAAAACAGGACCAGCCAGUCUAAUCUUUCCUUAUAACUCACGACCUCUAAUCCAGACAACAUCCUUGUGAUUUUUUCUGUGCUCUGUUUAAUUUAUCACAUCUUUCCUAUUGUAUGGCAACUGGAACCCCACAGAAUUUUGUAAAGCUGUAAUAUGAUCUCCCAACUCCAGUGCUUGAUGCUUUGACCAAUGAAGACAAGCAUACCGUACACUUUGUUUACCACCCUAUCUACCUGUAUUGCCACUUUCAGGAAACUAUGUACUUAUACCCCAAGCUCUCUCUGUUCAGCAACGGGGCAUCACAUCUUACUGUGAAUGAACUACCCUAGUUUAACUUCAAUUGUAAAGGACUUACAAGGACUCUUCAUCUCAGGCUCUUGAUAUUGCCUAUUUAUUUAUCAUUAUUAUUAUUUUACUUUUUGUUUCUUUGUAUUUAUUGUGAAUGCCUGCAAGAAAGUGAAUCUCAGGGUUGUAUAUGGUGACGUAUGUGGACUUAUAUCUAUAUCCUGUAUAUAUCCUGUUGUAACCUUAAACAGCCUCUUUCAAUGCCACUAUGCCAUGGAGUCAUCUGCAGGAUUACUGUUCAUGCCAUCUACAUUCUCAUCCAGAUCAUAAAUAUUUAUGAGAAGCAAUAAAGCACCCAGUGCGGAACCUUGCUUCACUCUGCAUAUCACAGGCCUUCAAACUGGAAAAACAGUCCACCACCACCCCCCUCCGACUUCAACUACCAAGCCAAUUUUGUAUCCAAUUUGCUAACUCACCCUGGAUCCCUUGUGAUCUAACCUUGUGGUCCAGUGAAGCCUUGUGAAAAUAUACUAGACAACAUUUACUGUUCUGUCUGCAUCAAUCCACGUGAUCACCUCUUUAAAAAUAAAUUUACUUAUUUUCUUGAGGCACGAUUUCCCACAAGCAAAGCCUUGCUGACCAUUCCAAAUCAGUCCUUGCCUUUCCAAAUGCCAGUAACUCCUGCCACUUGCCUUCCAAUAACUUCCUUACCAGCUCACAGUUCCCAGGCUUAUCACUGCUGCCAUUUCUUACCAAAUGGCAUACAUUAGUCAUCGUCUAGUCUUCUGGUACUUCAUUUGUUACUAAUUAAAAUACCAGACUGAUCCUUUAAAUGUGCCAGCCUUAUCCUUCAUUCUAACAGGAACAUGCUGGCCCUGAACUCUCCCUGCCUCACUUUCAAAAGCCUCCCAGAUGCCCUAAUACUUGCAAAUAACUGCUCCCAAACAACUUUUGUGAGUCCCUUUUUGAUGCUGUCAAAAUUAGCCUUCCCUGAUUUAGGACCUUAGCUUGAGGACUAGUCGUAUGCUUUCCAUAACUAAUUUGAAACUAAUAGAAUUAUGGUCACUGGUCUCCAACUGCCCCCCUGUUGACAUGUGAACCAUUUGCCCAACUUUAUUUCCUAAAAGGAGAUUGUACUUCCUUAUCUAGUAGGAUCAUCUACAUAUUGCUGCAGCAAACUUUCCUGGUUACACUUACAUUUUGAUAUCUAAUCCCUUGGCACAGAGGGGGCCUCAGUUAAUAUUAAAAAAGCUAAAAUCACCCACUAUUUCAGCCCUUUUUUUUUGUUCUGCUUCUCUCCCCUCUUGAAGAGUGGAGUGACAUUUGCAAUUUUCCAGUCUUCCAGAACCUAGUGAUUCCAAUAAGAUCAUUACUAAUGCCUCCACAAUUUCUUUAGCCACCUCUUUCAGAACUGUGGGGUGUACACUAUUUGGUCCAGGUGACUUAUCUACCUUCAGAUCUUUCAGUUUCAGAUUAAGACCUUUCAUCAGGACCUGAUAUGUCAACAGUCCAUAGGUGAUGCCUGACCUGCUGAGUUCCUCCUGCUCCUUUGUGCAUUGCUCCAGAUUUCCAGCAUCUUAUUCACUUGUAUCACCAUUUUAAUAAGGAACAUUGAGAAGCCAUACCUGUAUAAUAUAAAAACCUAUGCAAAAGCGUAUUUCAAUUAUAAUUACUUUGCUGCAUUAUUUGUUUUAAAAUAUUUUUGUAUAGUUGGUGCAGCGUCAUUCUAGCAACAACCCUUCAUUGUGCUCUGAUAAUUCUGUCUAAAUCCCUAGUCAGCAAAAGUUUGGUAACAGGAUUUAUCCGGGUAAUUUUAAAGUAAAAGUAAAAACAUUUCUUAAGAAUAGUAUUUUGAAGAAAACGUAAUUGGAACUUAAUCAUAAGGAAUAUAUUUCUGAUUUUAUUCAUACUUUUUAAUGUGCCUUUGAAUUUUAAAAAGUAGUACAGCAAGUUAAUUAUAAUUGAAAUAUAUUUUUGCAUAUGUUUUUACAUGUGUAUUGUAAUGGACUAAAAACCAUUAUUCUGUAUUUGGUAUUUGCAGAACCAAAGAACUUUAUUGUGAACUGUUAUAAAUUUGCCUGGAAGUGAAAAUUCUACAUUUUGAAAUUUGGACUCAGUGAGGCAGACCAUCUUAGUUCCUAAUCAGGAGCUAAAAUUCAAAGUUUACAAAUGGAUUGCAAAUUCUUGGCCUUUGACAGGAGAUGUAAAUCUCAGCAAAUUAGUAUGACCUUGGAUAACCCUGUAAGAACUUCUGUAAAUAAUCAACUUAGAGCAGUUAAUUUUGAACGAACUUACAUUUUAAGUUUACAAACCAAACACUGAUACUGUUCAGUGUGCUCAUUUUUGCUUCAGCAAAAUUGAGUUAAGGGCUGAGGAGCUUACGAAGGGAAUGGGUAAUUUAGAAGCUAUAGUUAUCAUGCAGGCAUCUCCAUAAACUUUUAUUUAUAUACAAUAUAGAAGGUUGAGAUUUCUAGCAAUAUAAUCAGAUUUCGAGCCUGAAGCCAAGUUUUUUUUUAAAACAGUCCGGUAACAGAUUUAUUUGAAUAUAAUUGAAUGUUUCUGUAUUUGUAACUAAUUAUUUUAAUGUGAGGUUUAAAGAUUGUACAGGUUAGUGUUUCCAAUAACUUCACUCUUAAAUAUCUUGGGCACAUAAGAACAAAAACUGGAUUCUGAUUUAUAAGAACAAAUAAUUGGAACGUAUACAAAUCCUGUAUAAUUAGUUUUUGAAGUUUAUUCUUGAGCUCAUUGGAACAUUUUUGUUUUGUGGAAAAUAUUUUUAUAUUUAUAAAUAUUUAAUGAAAUUAACAUUCCUCCUUGCCCUCUGGUUGAAUUACACUUUGGAUGAAUCUCAGUUCUUAAAAUAUUAAUGUGCAUCUAGAUGUUUGACUCGACAUGCAACCUUACAUCUAGCUAUUUUGUAGUUCCUGACACAACAAAAGAAGUAUAAAAUCCAGUUUGACUGAAAAGUUCUAUUGUUAACAAAGUUACACAUGUUGUUGACAGCAAUAUCUAGUGGAACUUGAAUCUGCUGACUCUUCUUCCUUUGUAUUCUAUCACAAUUGAUUGAUACAUUCGAGAGAAAGUAUCUGAAAUCUAGAGAUGAUUCAACUGGGUUUGCCUUUGAGAUGAAAGCAAUGCUUGAACAAGCGUGGCACCAAAUAUUGAACUUAAUGGGACUUAGUGGGACUUAGCAAAAAUCUGUGCUGGUUGGAAUCAUACUGAGUACAAACGUAAAUAUUUAUUGAAGGCCAGACUUCUCACCAACACUACAGCACAACAGGGUGUGUUUAGCUCUGUCAUUUGCCUUAUCUUUUGAUCAGAAUUGAGGAUGCUUGGUGUCAAUGGCAACUCUUAGGAAAUCAAGCAGACGUAUUUGCUUUCAGCAAAACUUAGGCAACAUUCAGGCCUAGGGUGAGGUGUGCCAAGUAACAAUUCUACCACACAAGUACCAUUCAAUGAUCAUCUCUAUUAAAACAUACCCUCACCCUCUUCUUCAAUUCAAAGUUGUUAUUUUGCUGAGUAACUCAUCCAUUGUUCUUCCGGGCAAGGAAGGGGGGAAUGAUUGUUAAAUAAACUAGACACACUGAUUACAUACAAUACAUACUCAAACAGGCCAGAUUCUAGCAACCUAUUCACUUCCAUAUGUACUCUGUGGCUACUUUAUAAGGUACAGGAGUGGGGGGAGCCCAGUGUGGUUUUCUGCUGUUGUAGCUCAUUCACUUUAAGUUUCAGUAUGCUGUGCUCUCAGAGAUGUUCUCUUCUGCACGCCGUUGUUGUACAUGUGGUUAUUUGAACCUUCCUGUCAGUUUGAACCAGUCCAACCAUUCUCUUCUGACAUUUCUCAUUAUCUAGGCAUUUUUGCCUGCAGAACUGCUAUUCAAUGUCUGUUUUACUUUGUUUUCUUGCACCAUUCUUAGUAAGCUCUAAAGACUGCUGUGCAUAAAAGCAACGGUUUUUGAGAUACUCAACCCAUUCUGUCUGGCACCAACAACUUUUCCAAUGUCAAAGUCACUUAGACCACAUUUCUUCCCCAUUCUGUUAUUUGGUCUGAACAACAACUGAAUCUCUUGACCUUCUGGGCAUCGAGUUCUUGCCAUGUGAUUGAUUGAUUAGAUACUUACUUUAACGAGCAAGUGUGCAGGUGUACCUAAUAAUCCAGCAUGUACGACAGCCCAUAAGACUUCGUUGAGCCCUUUCUUGCAAUCUCUGCCACCUGUAUUGUUUUAUUAUUGAUAUAUGUACUGACAUACUGUGCAAAACUUUGAUUUGCAUCCCAUCCACACAGAUCAUUCCAAACAUAAGUACAUUGAGGUAGUUAAAUAGUUAAAAAGGAAAAACAAAAAACAAAUGUAGGAUAUAGUGUUACAGUUAUAGAGAAAGUACAGUGGACAAUAAGGUGUAAGGGCCUUUACGGACUAGACUGAGGGGCCAAGCAUUUACCUCUUUCAUACAAGAAGUCAUUUAAAAAGUUUUGCAACAGUGAGAUAGAUCUGUUUUUUUUUACAUCUCCAAUAAUGACCAUAAAAACUGAACACCCAUCUGGUUCAUUACUAUUGAAAGAGAUCUGCUACCUAAUCUGGCCAGACCCACCAGUGUAAUUGGUGCCUCAGUUUAGGGACAAUCAGGAAUGGGUAAUUAAUGCUGACACUGUCCAUGAUAUUCACAUUCUAUGAGUCAAUUAAAAGAGUUACUUGUAGUGGGUGUGCCUUUUUUUUGUCUCACACUACUCUCAUUUGGAAAUGCUUUUUUUAAGGGUGAUGUGAGCUUAGAAAGCCCUACCCGAAAAUUGUGGGGCAUCUUCAACCAAACAACUUAUGUGGUUCACAAGUGUGACAUUCCUGCACCUUGUAAGGAGUAAUAAGGAUUCAGCAUCUGCAGAACCUCUUGUGUUUAUGGAAAAUAAAUGCUGGCUUUGCCAGUACCACCCAUAAAAGGUUAAUUAAAACCAUGUGAAUAACUCCUAUAUUCAGAAUACUUCAUUAUCUUGCUUUGUGACUGUGGUCAAGUAAGUAAGCAAUGUUUAGCAAAUUCUGCAAGGGAUUCUAUAAAUUAGCAACUUCAAUAAUGGAAAUUAGAGAUCUCUCACAGGCAUUCACUUUCAAAGGUGCAUGUUAAUUAGAUACACAUAUAGUAUGUAUUUCAUAACAUAGAGUAAAUUGGAGGGAGGGUUAAUACCCCUAAACUAUCCACUGUCCCAGACCUAACGAUAGCUCUGUCCAUGCAAAGACUUUUCUUUGUCAUUCUUUCUUCAAAAUGUUGAAUUGCUGAACUCAACCAUCCCAUGUCGCUGAAGUUUUUAAUCAUUGUUUCCAUGUUGGUAAAUAACAGAACAGAUGAAAGACAUCAUCUUUACCUAUUGAAAAUGAAUAGAAAUGGUAACAGACUGAACUG